UUUUGGGGGGGUUGAUACAUACUUCACAAAACUCAAACCCCAUAUACUGUUAUUUUUUUGUUUUCCCUGGUAAUUCCAAGCUGUUAUUAGAGAAUACAGGAAUUCCAGAUUUCUAGUCUAGUUGUCCUGUUCUUGUGUUAAUACAAGAACUUGCCAGCCAUAAUAUUAUGGAGAAUCAGCAUUACUUCUCUUUUUAAAAACUAUAGUAGUACAUUAAUAACUAAAAAGAGGUUGGAUUUUGUUUUGUUAGACUAUAAUUUUGUGUAAAAUCUGGUGUAAUUCUUACCAUGCCCCUUUUAACAAAGUGGACCAUUCUGUCAACUUGAAAAAAAAAGCAUUUUUCAUAGACAUUUGUGUGCUAAGACCUAUAGUAUAUAUUUUGACUAAUAAUAUAUUAGGAGGCAAUUGGAGAAAAAAAGUUUAUUGUCAUGGGAUUGUAUUAGUCUAGACUUAAUAGUCUCUGGAUAGAGAUCCUGAUACAUCCUUUAACAAAAUUUUAGAAUGUUAUCUGUUACCAUAUUAGGGUUAUCAAAUAGUUAAAACCAUUAUUACAUCUGAAUGUCAAGGGUUAUAUUAAUGAAUUUUUAAGCCAACAGGAUUUGUUAUUAUUCAGUUUCUUAGAAUCUCAGAGAUAUAUGGAAAUUUGUUUUUUCCAUUGUCUUACUCAAGAGCCUUUGAGGUUGUGUAGGUUUAUGAGCUGGACUCCUUAUAUUUCUGAAACAUUCAGUAAUGAUAAGUGUGUGUUGACUAUGCAGAUGAAGCCAAAGUUCUACAUUUAAUUAAGUCUUCUAGUUCUCUUUAUAUUGUUACGUCACAUCAUACUUUAGCCUUUAAAAAUGGAUCCCAUUGGUUAAAAAAAGAGACACAGACAUUAGGAUCUGUGUUUCCCACUAUUAGAAAAAAACUUCAAAUAAUGUUUCUUAAUUAUAAUCUCUGCGUAAGAAAAAUAUUCCCCCUGCCGCCCAAAAACAUUUUUCCUACAGAUAUUUUGGAUGAUUUAAAACAGUUGAACCUAUUGGCAGCACUCUUAAGAUGCAGAAGAUAAUCUUGAUUCUUACAAGUAGAAAAGGAUUGGGCAAGUGGAUUUUAAUGCUACUCUCCUAAAAAUCAAAAUGAGAUUUUUCAUAGUAAUCUCUUGGGGUUGCCUAGCUUCCUGAUGCAGUAAUGAGUACUCCUUUUAGUAAAACUAGAUGAUAAUUAAGUACACCUUCAUAUUAAAUGACUUGGAAGGAUUUUUACUCACAGCAUGACCUGUGUAUUUGGCAGUGAUAACCUCUUGGUACUAUCAUUGUAAUCGCGAAUUUCAUGGAGUGCAUAAAGCCAUCGAAAAAGAAUACCAUUCUCAUCCCCAGAAUAGUUGUUUACUUGCUACCUUAUCUAGCCCUUGACUAUGGAAGAUCAUAAUUUUUCUGUCUUAAUGUACCAGAAAGAGAAAGUAAUAAACUUUUAUUAGGGUACUUCUAAAGCUGCCAUGGGGGGAAUGUUAAGUACUCUUUCAGUUUUUUGAAGGAAAUUGAAUGUCACACCAAAUGUAAGCAUGAAAAGAAAGUUACAAUAAAAUAUAAAAUUUAACUGGUUAAUGUCAGUAUAUACUUAUAGUGUGUGCAUACAUUGGUGGUGAUACUUCUACUUCAAAAUCAGAGUGUUAAAUCAGAGUGUUGAUCUGCUUUUCACCCCUCUAAUACUGUGGUAAAGAUACCCCCACUGCUGCAGUAGACUCCUGACUUGGACUCCUUAGCCCUUAAAUUUCAUCCUUUAGUUGCCGCCUGUGGGAUAUUUUUCAGCUGUAAAAUUGGUGUCAUUUUUAGCUAAAACCCUUCGAUGUCUUCUCUUGCCUAAAUAUUAGUCAAGAUGAACAACAUGAGCCAGUUUUUACCUUUAUGCUUUACCCACUUACCCAUCCCUUGUUCACUUACCUAUCUUAAAAUCUUAACACCCUAGCAAAAAUUCUAAAUUCUUUUUAUGUCCUCAUUGAAUGUAGCACAUUCUUUUAGGCUAGCAACUCAUUCCAUUUAAAUGUCUUUAUUUGCCAGAAUAAAUGUUUAGCGAUUUGCAUUGUGUAUGGCAUACAUACAUAGGUAUGAAAUAAAUGCUCCUUGAAUAUAUAAUGAAAGCAUGAUAUAAUUGUAUAUGUAUAGAGGUAUGAUUAGCAUAAGCCUUUUUUUUUUUUUGUGGCUGCUGCUAAAACAUAAUACAGUGUAAGCUCCCUUAAAAUGUGCUGAAGAGACUUCGGAUUGCAGUGAACAGAAGAGUUAGAUCAUUAAUUUUUUUUUUUUAUAUGUGGCUCAUGUUACUCUUGUGCAGUUCCAUGUUUUUAAGAGUAAAUAUAUUUAAAGGAGACGGACCAGAAGCUUGAUAUCUGAAAUAGUGUCAUGUGACUAGUUGGAAUGCUGUAGAGCAGUGAUGACUGAGAUGGGUCCUUGCGAGCAGUCCUCAAGUAUUUUAAGGGGUUUCCCUUAAAAGAGGAAAUAGAGAGUUACAAUUCAAAUUAUAUAUAAGGAUCAGGAUGGACAUUUGAUGUUACUUUGUCCAGCCUCAUCAUUUUAACAUGUUCUGUAUUUAGAGGACAACCAGAGCCAGUAGAUAAAAGUCAUAGAUACGUAGACUUUUAUUGAUUGACUCAGUGAGCCAAUAUUUGACAUGUACGUACUUAAAAAGAGUAGUUGUAAAUAGCAAGUUUUCUGCUUGUAAAAGUAUUGAGAAUCUGGAAGUCUUUGUCAGGAAGAAGCUGAAGUUUUUUCCUAGUUCUCUGGAUUACUUAAUUGAAGUUUAAGAGCUACCUUCUACUCUCAGGUGCUUGCUUUAUUGUGUGUUACCAUCUGAGGGUACCAGUCAGUGAUAAUUAAAAAGAAAUGCUGCAUAUUGCCACUUUUUUUUCAAUGUUGCAAUAGGAAUGAAUUUAGUUUUGUUGUUUGUUUUUGUAAGACUUAUGCCAUAUUCUUUACGAUACAUAUCAGAUCUUUGGAUGGCAAAUAAUUUGUUACUAGUUGUAAGAUGAUCCAAAUCAGUUACUUGGAAUUUUUAUGAAGUAGAAUAUUUUUAUUCCUGUUACUGGGACCAUGACGGUAUCAAAUUAUGAGUCGAUUAUUGCUAAAAAUGAAAAGGCCUAAAUGCAAACAUUAGUAGCACUGAUGUAUAUCUGACUGUCUGAGUGAUCCAGAAGCGGGAUAAGACUAGAAGGGCAUCCUUUAACUAUUUUUUCUGUGUUCUAGGUUUUAACCAACUCUUUUUAAGUGAUUCACAAGAGUCAAGGCAUUCCUAUUUGUGAACAUAAGAUUGUAUCAGAAAACAGAUUACAGAGUCUAUGAAGUCAUAUGAAUCUUCUAAAAAAAAAAAUGGAACCAGAAAAAUCAAGCAGCAGUUCACCUUUCUGCCUUUAGAGUGGUCUAGCUAUAGUAAACUAUUUUUGUUCAAACAUAGUAUGAGUAGUUAUAGACACAUAAGACCUUUGGAUUCAUACACUAAGCAUAACCUAGUUUUUCUUUUGUAUAAAUUUUUUAAAGGCUCAAGUAAAAAGAAAUCCUGCUUUUAGACUAUAAACUUUUAACUUUGGUUUUAUAAUUUUAAUGUAACACUACAAGUAAAUAGCAAUUUAUAGUAUAGAUAUUACUACAGGUUAAAUAGACCUAGAAAUAUAGUUAAUAGGUCUCUUAUAUUAACUUUUAAUUGUCAAUACAAAGCACAUUUUUAGAAUUUAAUUUGAAAUAUGAUUUUAGUAUCAGGGAAAAUUUUGGUCUAAUUGCUCUCAAAUAUUUAAAAUUUUUGAAUAAAUAAUUGUAAAGGUUUAAUGAAUUUUAAGAGGUGUUUAAUCUUUUAAAUAGCGCUGGUUGGUUUAACUGUACUGUAUUAGCACUACCCCUGAGAGGCUUCAAGCAUAGGCAGAAUAAAAAGAAAAAGGACCUAAAUAUUUUUCUUUUUGAAAUGUAAAAUUUAAGUGAAUUUUCUGGGUUAGCACAUCUCAAUGUGGAGAUCACAUUUACAUAUGAACCCUUAUGGUUAACAUUGGAGAGACUAUUUCCUACUUUGGUAGAAGGUUAAUUUGUAUUCUUUCCCACUGUUUAAGAUAACUACAGUAACUUGAGUUUAUCACCAAAAACAAACUUAGGCUUGUGGCAUAGGCUAAUGGGGCUCUGCUGGGUAUUUGGCAAAAUUGAGUAUACACAUCUUUCUAGCCUUUGUCUAAACCAGGCCUCAGCCUCUCACCUUUUGUUUAUUCACUGAAAAAGUAUGCCUGGCAAUGGGUGUAAAGGUGAAUAAAACAUUCUUGGUGUUGGGGAUCCAGAACAUAGUAUGAUGAUUAUCUAUAAAGUGUUAGUAGUUCUGGAAAAAUACAUUUGGAUGGCAAAACCAAAUACCUAUGGACAGCUUUUGGAAUUAAACUAGGUGAUGAACCUCCAAAUAUCAAAUGGGGAAAACCAUCAACCUGCCUGGUGUUGGUUUCUAUGUGAGAAGGAAGAGUUGGGGUAGGGUCUGGCAGACUUGAGAAAAGGAGAAUCUCAAAUUACUCAGCUGAAACUUGGAUUUUGUCCUCUCCAUAGUGAGUGCAAGGUACCCAAAGGAAGGAUUGGAGAGACUGGGACAAUUUUCCCCAGUGAACUCUCAAAACACCAGCCAAGACAAGACUCCCUUUUAAGGACAGGACUGGACCCCACACUGAGAAGAAAGUAGCAAAAGUAUAAUCAUUGAGUGUAGAGACCAUAGGAGAGGGCUUAGAUCAAACUGGGGGGAAGGGAACACAAUCAGGAAAAUCUUAGAAAGCAAGCCGCCGUAUUUCUGAACAUUACUCAAAAACAACAGAAAAGGUAACUAAAGUCAAAAAAGCUUUCCUGAAUCUUGCAUCAUUCUAAAAGGCCAAGAAAAUAAUUUCAUGUAAACACGAGCAAUUGAAAAGUACUGUCAAAUCUCAAAAGGUUAUCAAGAUGUGGUAUGUAUGAGUGCUUUCGUAAACAAAAUGGAGGAAAGAUCUCUGAAGAAUGUUAGGGGUAAGUUGUCAGCAAAACAUUCAUGGAGGGUGUAGCGUGCAUGGUGAAGGUAGCUUUAGUGCUGGUUCCUAUUCUAAUAUUCUCCGAGGAAGUGUUGGUCUGGCUGUAAUGUGUGCUGAUGGAUAUCAGACUGGAAAGGGAGGUGGCUACAAGAUCAUGAUUUAUAUACUUAUGAGGGCAAAGGGAAAGGACAAGGUACUUGAAGAAAUUGUGACUCACUGAUUCCAAGUAAGGUGGCUGACCCAUUUGCCUUCACUUAUACCUUGUCCAACAGCCUCUUCUGCCUUUUCAUCCUUAACCUAGUGUGGACUACUGGGAUAUUCUGCCAGUUACUUAGUUAUAGAUCAUUUCUGAUGUCUGUUUUCUUUUGUCCCAUAUCCAGUUAUUUUAAGUAUUGAUUGUUCAUUAUAUAUAAUAGACACUUUCUAAGAAUUUUUAAAUUUUAUUUUUUUAAAGUAAGCUCUACACCCAAUGCGUCUGAACUCCUGACCCCUCAUGAGAUCAAGAGUUGCAUGCUCCACCAACUGAGCCAGACAGGCGUCCCAUAUACUAGGCACUUUUCUAAAGCGCACUAGAGAAGCAGCAUGGUUCAAGCCAAAAGUACCUGUUCUAGAGAUUACAUUCUAGUUUGGCGAUAGCGGUAGCAUGAAUAUACGUGGUGAUAAGUGCUAUAAAGAAAAGAGUGGAAAGAGAUGGGGUUUAAAAAUGCUCAGGGAUAGCCUCUCUGACGUCUCUACUAGAAUGUAAUCUGCAGGAGGGUGAGGACCUUACUGGUCUUGCCCGUUACUGUAUUUCCCAUGCUUAGAAUAGUGCCUGGCACCUAACACUCAGUAUUGAAUGAGUAAAUGUGGACCAUAGAGAAAUUAGUUCAAAAUACCCCACUUUUAAAAAUUUUAUUUUAAUGUAGGUCAGCAGCAGGCACAGUUGAUCUUAAAUUGUCAUGUCAUUCCAGUGCAUCCUUGGCUGAAGUAGGAAUAAAGAUGUUGCUCUGUCUUACGAAGCCAGUAAAACCCAGACCAGAAUUAAAAAUGGGUAUCACUUGAUAGGAUUUAGUCCUUAACAAUACUCGGCCAGGUUAACAUCCGGUCCAUAUUUGAUAGCCUGGAUAACCAGGAGCGUUUGGUGAGUGAACAUAGUAAGUACUGCAAAGGUGCACAUCCUUCGAAGACUGCUUAGGUUCUGCUAAUCCCAUAAGCAGAUAAUGUUUGAAUGAAAUGAUCAGACAAUAAAUAGCGACUUCAAGGGAAGAGGAGAGCGCGGCCCCGCUUAGUGUCUGGGUGUAUAGGGGACGACACUGCGAAAAGGGACGAAUUCCGGAUCGCGGGCCUGGCUCAAGUACCUUAAUAGCUGCAUGACACCGUGUGGUAGACACCAGUAGUUUAGCAUGGAGGAACCUAAGGACGCGUCAGGAGCUUGCGUCACCGUCUUCGCACCGCCCUCCCGUUCCACCUGCUGUCUUUAGGCUUCUAUUGGUUGCCUCGCGGAAGGCCCGCCCCCUAGAGGAAGAAGGAACUAUCCCAGUAGCCGGCCCAAAUAACCGUAACUAGCCUGACGUCAUAACGCAGCCAAUCAGAAGCACAUUUGUUUAGGCUUGUCCAAUGAGCUCGGAAACUGGCUUGGCCCGCGGAGUUUGAUUUUCGUUCAAGAACGCGGAAGUUGUGCCUGGCCUCGGGGCGAGCAGCAAGGUGGGUGGGAGACCGCAGGUAAGGGCCAAGCAUCCUGCGGAGUUACCCAGGUUGAGGGAAGGGGUUUCGGUGUCCAGCCCCGGGUCGGUGGGGGGCGUCGUUACCGUCUGUGGCUUGCAAACCGAGGCGCGCGGGCGGACACGAGUCGACGUCCGAGCGCUCCGGUACCAGGACGGGCACACGUAGGGCGUCGCUGACUGCGGAUUCGAGGCAGCGUUUCUUAACGACCGCAGCUUGGUGUUCCGGUGGUUGCUCGCAGGCUUGGCUUCGGAGGAAGGUAUCAAGAAACUGAUAAUGUUUCCUUGAAUUCGCUUAUGUAUUUGUUUCAUCAAUGUCACUCAUACUGAAUAUCUUAAGAGAGAUGCUGGAAUAUUUCGGUGUUCCCAUAGACCAGGUUUUGCAGAUUAGAGAAAAUAAAGACUAUGGAUCAACUCGGAGUAUUGUUCGUCUUAUUGGGAAAAUUCUUCCUCUAGAACCUUGUCCCAGGCCUAAUUUUGAGUUGAUCCCUCUAUUGAACUCUGUAGACCCUGGUAACUAUGGAUCUGUAGUUCCAUCUUUUGCUGAUACUUUGCGUGUGGCAAAUGAUGAAGAAGGCAGUUAUCUCAGAUUUCGAAAUAGCAUAUGGAAAAAUGAAGAAGAGAAGAAAAUGGAAUUUUUCCAUCCUUUGCCACCAGUUUGGAACCCAUUGCUGCCUGCUCCAAGACAGAAUAAACGAACCAAAAACGAUGGGCCUGUAAAUGAAGCUGCAAUUAAAAAAAUAGCUGCCCUCGAAGAUGAGCUGACUUUUCUUCGCACUCAGAUCGCUGCAAUUGUGCAAAUGCAGGAACUGAAAAACCGUGCAAACGCUGGCCUCUUUGACUUGAACAGCGAACCUAGCAGUUUGGGACAAAGGCCAUCGCCAGGAACUGCUGAACUGAGUGUCAAACCAGAUUCAUUUUCAAGUUCAGUGUUCUUCCCUCCACCUGCUCCUCCUCCUCCAGUGCCCCCUCAGCUUUCUUCUCCGCAACGUCCAUGUUCACUCACAUGGCCAGGAACUAAUAAUACAUGUAACUCAGAUAACUCAGCAAGUGAAGUGAAAAGACAGCAGUUAGGUGAUAGUAAGACUAAUGACAGUCAUCGUUCGAAAAGCCAGGAAAAUAAAGAUGUUCCGAAUAUGUUGGACAUUCUAAAGGAUAUGAAUAAGGUUAAGCUCCGUGCUGUGGAACGGUCACCUGGAGGUAGACCCAUUCAUAAGAGGAAAAGACAAGAUUCACACUGGGAUCCAGUGUCUUUAAUAUCCCAUGCACUUAAGCAGAAAUUUGCAUUCCAAGAAGAUGAUUCCUUUGAGAAAGAAAAUAGGUCUUGGGAGUCUUCUCCAUUUUCUAGUCCAGAAGCUUCAAGAGUGAGCUAUAAUAACGUAAAGUUAAUUUUUUAAUUUUUCAAAAGCGUAUUGUCCAUGAUGUAUCUCUGCCUUCAAGUUCUCUUGAAGUUCUUGCGCAGAAUGGACCAUACAGUUAUUUGCUGGUACCGCUAACGUUUCUGUUGUUUCUGUUAACUUUUACAUGCUCCUUUUUUGCUUGUACCUUACUAUGAAUUUUUUUUAAAUAAAACACUUGAUUUGAAAAAUA